UGAGCCUGUCCUCUGGUCUCUGGGGCCCUGGCUUGACCCCCAUCCCCGCCCCCACCCCCGGCCGGCUGCCUGGGGUGGGGGAUGGGGACCCAGGCCCAGCCUUGAGGGUCAGUGGACAUCAGCCGUCACUCCCUGGCAGUCCGCGGAAGUAAGUCCCCAGCCGCCCACGGAAAUUGGCCUCGUUCCUUCACAGCCGCUGCGAGGGGAGCCCGACUCCUGGAGCUGCCGCUUUCAGGGCAGAGAGAGGUCAUGGCUUCUGGCUUCUCGGACCUGAGGCUCCAGCGGAGGACAUGACUCUCAGGGAUCCUACUCCAGAUCUGUUGCGGAGACUGAACCUUCGCAGGGCACGAACUCGCCCAGGACAGGAGAAUCUCUCUCUCUGAAGGGCUCUACGAUUGUCGCCAAGAAAAGUAACAAUGGCGACUUCGUCUAUCAGACGGCAAAUGAAAAACAUCGUGAACAAUUACUCGGAAGCGGAAAUAAAGGUCCGGGAAGCCACCUCCAAUGACCCGUGGGGCCCGUCCAGCUCCCUGAUGACGGAGAUCGCAGACCUGACCUACAACGUGGUGGCCUUCUCCGAGAUCAUGAGCAUGGUGUGGAAGCGGCUCAACGACCAUGGCAAGAACUGGCGGCACGUGUACAAGGCGCUGACGCUGCUGGACUACCUCAUCAAGACGGGCUCCGAGCGGGUGGCCCAGCAGUGCCGCGAGAACAUCUUUGCCAUCCAGACCCUGAAGGACUUCCAGUACGUGGACCGCGAUGGCAAGGACCAGGGCAUCAACGUGCGCGAGAAGUCAAAGCAGCUGGUGGCCCUGCUCAAGGACGAGGAGCGGCUGAAGGCCGAGAGGGCCCAGGCUCUCAAAACCAAAGAGCGCAUGGCCCAGGUCGCCACCGGCAUGGGGAGCAACCAGAUCACCUUCGGCCGCGGCUCCAGCCAGCCCAACCUCUCCACCAGCUACUCGGAGCAGGAGUACGGCAAGGCCGGGGGCUCGCCCGCCUCCUACCAUGGCUCGCCCGAGGCCUCGCUGUGCCCCCAGCACCGCGCAGGGGCCCCGCUGGGUCAGAGCGAGGAGCUGCAGCCGCUGAGCCAGCGCCACCCCUUCCUGCCGCACCUGGGGCUGGCCUCCCGCCCAAAUGGCGACUGGUCCCAGCCCUGCCUCACUUGUGACCGCGCAGCCCGAGCCACCUCCCCGAGGGUGUCCUCUGAGCUGGAGCAGGCCCGGCCCCAGACAAGUGGAGAGGAAGAGCUGCAGCUACAGCUGGCACUUGCCAUGAGCAGAGAGGUAGCGGAGCAGGAAGAGCGCCUCCGGCGGGGUGAUGACCUCAGAUUACAGAUGGCCCUAGAAGAGAGCCGAAGAGACACAGUUAAAGUUCCAAAAAAGAAAGAGCAUGGCUCCCACCCACAGCAGACCACUCUGUUGGAUUUAAUGGACGCCCUCCCCAGCUCGGGCCCUGCUGCCCAGAAAGCAGAGCCUUGGGGCCGGUCAGCUUCAGCCAACCAGACGAACCCCUGGGGCGGGCCGGCAGCCCCAGCCAGCUCUUCAGACCCCUGGCCAUCGUUCGGUGCCAAGCCAGCUGCCCCCGUCGACCCGUGGGGAGUGCCCACCGGAGCCAGCAUACCCUCCGUCUCCAAGGGCUCGGACCCCUGGGCAGCCCCACAGCAGCAGGCCCCCAGUGCUGGGAAAACGGCCGACGCCUGGGCCGCAGCCUCGGCCGCCAAGCCCGUGUCGGCCACUGGGGCCUUUGAUCUCUUCAGUAAUUUGAAUGGUACAAUUAAAGAUGACUUUUCUGAAUUUGACAACCUCCGAACUUCAAAAAAAACAGCUGAGGCGGUGGCCUCUCCACCGUCCCAAAACAACGGAACUACAAGCCCCGACCCCUUUGAGUCUCAGCCCCUGACCGCCGCCUCGAGCAAGCCCAGCAGCUCCCGGAAAACCCCCGAGUCCUUCCUGGGCCCCAACGCGGCCCUGGUGAACCUGGACUCGCUGGUGACCAGGCCAGCCCCGCCGGCCCAGUCCCUCAACCCGUUCCUGGCACCAGGUGCAGCCGCAGCCUCGGCCCCUGUCAACCCCUUCCAGGUGAACCAGCCCCAGCCGCUGACGCUGAACCAGCUGCGGGGGAGCCCAGUCCUGGGGACCAGCACGUCCUUUGGGCCGAGCCCGGGGGUGGAGCCCAUGGCUGUGGCCUCCAUGACCUCCACAGCCCCGCACCCAGCUCUGGGGGGCAGCGGUUCCUCCCUGACGCCACUGGGCCCCGCCACGAUGAACAUGGGGGGCAGUGUGGGCAUCCCCCCGUCGGCAGCUCAGGCCGCCGGCACAACCAACCCUUUCCUCCUCUAGUGCCCGGGCCUGGGACCCACCACAGAGCGAAUGCCCAGAGCACCUGUGCCUGAGGACGCCCAGCAGGGACUCGAUUGCAGAAGGGGGGGGUGGGGUGGGGUGGGUGUUAGGGCUUUCCACUUCCGGCUUCCUGAUAAAAGGGUUGCCUCUACGGCCCCGAUCCUCAGACUCGAGCGGCGGCCGGCCUGCUAGACGUCAGACCCGGCACGCGGGUCUCCGCGCCUUCUGAGGCCGCCGCUCGCCCAUCCCUGGCCUGUAGCCCGACCCUGCCCGGUCGCCUCCCCGCGUCCCCCCGACCCGCCACCCCGAGCGUGAGGUCCCGGCUCCUGUGGAGAUUGGCCAGCUCUCUGGGGCCUUGGACGAGGGGGCGGGAGUUGUCCAUGUCGCCCUUGCCCUGAACCUCAGCCCGAGGGCCUCUGGGACGCUGCCUGGCCCGGGCCUUGGGACAGCCACCGUGUCUUUGCCCCUGACCUCCAGCCCUAGCAGGACCCAGGCAGUCCCAGGUGUGGACGGAAUGAAGCACCAGCUCCAUGAGACGCUCACCUUUUGGGGACGUGGUUGUGCAUAUUUUAUUUUUCUUUGACUCGUGUGUGAGUUCAAAGUAACCACCACCACCGUGGAACAACUCGAAUUAAAUCCACUAGAGCAAGCUUUAAACUAAUCUGAGCAUAACCCCGCCACGUGGCUCUAUGCUUGUAUACGUUUGCACAUAUUUUGUUUAGUACAGUUUCAUAUUUGAGUUUGCAGAAUUAUCUAAUAGUCUUUUUUUGGCUAAUAUUUUUAUAACGUGGUUCUUAUUUAACUGUCUAGUUUUGAUAGAAUUUACCAGGUCUGGCUCAAUUAAGAUAUUGGCACGUGUCAUGUUAGUGGUUUACAUCCUCUUAUUUAUGGUUUUAACUCUAAGAAAAUUUAAAUAGGAAGAGACAAAAAAAAAAUGCCUUAUGGAAAAACUAAAGCAGAUUCUUUAUAGGGAAAAAUAUGGGAAUUUGAUUACACAUAAAAGAUGAUGUUUAUUUAAAAAAAAACAAAACCUACAACAGCAACAACGACAACAUCCCAGCCUCCAGUUGCCUUUUCCUUUCUUUCACUCCCUUUUUUUGGUGACUUCCCAAACUGAUUGAUGUGUAGCCUUUUGGGCUAGAUCCUGAGAGAGGCUAUUUUUCUUACCAAUACACCACCGUCGAGAAAGUUAAAGAAAAAAAAAAAAAUCCAAUGUAUGAAUGUGACUCACCAGUUUGUAUCGGCUAAUUCCCUUUUGUAACUGAAGGCACGCGCAGAUCGACAAGGACUUCCGUUUGCAGUGGAAAUCUGAAACGGAAGAGGCGUCUUGAACCUUG